AUGUCUCUCAAGCCUAUUCUCAUCCACGGCCACGCUGGUGGUCCCAACCCAUGGAAGGUUGUUCUGCUCAUGAAGGAGCUUGGCCUCUCCUACGAGCACAAGCUAUGGGACUUUGCCGACCUCAAGAAGCCCGAGUACGAGAAGCUCUGUGUCAAUGGAAGAACACCUACCAUCGAGGACCCCAACACUGGCAUCACCCUCUGGGAGUCUGGUGCCAUUGUCGAGUAUUUGAUCGAGGAGUACGACAAGGAGAACAAGUUCACAUACACUUCCACUCCCGAGAAGUACCUGUUGAAGCAAUGGCUCCACUUCCAAGUCUCCGGACAGGGCCCUUACUUCGGCCAGCGCGUCUGGUUCACCAACUACCACCCUGAGAAGAUCGAAUCGGCAGUCGAGAGAUACGGCAACGAGAUCAAGCGUGUGCUUACAGUCUUGGACAAGCACCUCAAAGAGUCGGGCACGCAAUACCUUGUCGGUGACAAGUACACCUACGCAGACCUGUCUUUCGUUCCCUGGAACAUGCUUCUGCCCUUCAUCUUCGGAGACAAGAGCGACGCUUUCCACGCCGAGAUUGAGAAGGACUUGCCGUCCUUCUGGGCAUGGUGGCAGAGAAUCCUGAACCGUCCUGCUACACAGGAGAUGAAGAAGGAGAGAGAGGCCAACUUCCACUAA